UUUCUGACGUUGUACACGUCACUGGUGUGUGGUCUAGUCAAUCUCCAAUAUUCGUAACGUGAGUUUAUACCGACUGUCUCGGUACUUAGUCCGUAAGUGGUCGAUUGUGUUAGCCCUGGAGGACCAACAAGGGAAAUGGAACAUUUGACGAAAUGAGAAUUUGUAAAGGAAACAGAAGCACUUGGGGAAAUGUCACUUUGUACAGCAGAAAUCACACAUAUAUUGAACUUGGACUGAACGGCGGUGAACACAGUCUCCAUCCCCAUUUCUAUGCGAAGAUUCUGAACCGAAAAUGCAUAUGGCAGGGCUGGUGGCAGCGGUAGUGGUCUGUCUGCCACUUGUGAGCACAGUAUCUGCUGAGGCACUCCUCUGGCACGACGAGUUCGACGUGCUGGACCUGAGCGUCUGGAACCACCUUGUCACAGCCUUCAGAGGAGGCAACAGCGAGUUCGAGUACUACCGAAACAACAGGAAAAACAGGUUGGAGAUGGGUUCAGCAUGUUCCUCUGAAACCUCCAUAGCCAUACAAAAUCCUGAAGAUGGAGCAGUAUGCCACCCCGAAAGGUCAGUGUCCGUACACUUAAAUCCUGUUGAUGAAGACCGUGUCUUCCUCUGAAACAUCAAUAUCCUGCUUACUUCAACCCUGAAGCUGCAGGCAGUGCGUUAUCCCCCCAAUAUCACACAUCACAAGACCACAAUCUGAAGAAUUAUCGUUGUGAAACAUCAAAACUUAUUCUCAUUGUUUAGUUACUACUUCAUCAUACUGACUGACAAGGUAAACUUCCCGAAUAUACACACAAAAAGAACUGAAAUUAUUGAUCUGGUCUUUCUGUUCAAUGUCAAGCAAACAGUGUUUUGGU